AUGGUGCGGAUCCACUGGUCCAGUCUUCUCCUAGGCCUUUUCUCUCUACUCGUAUUAGGUGGAGCAGAGUCCUGCUGGCGGAAUACCACCUGCUCGGGUCCAACCAGCAGCGCAUUUAGCGGCGCGUGGGACAAGAACAUCUACGCACCAACAUCAAGAACUGUUCGGCCAGCAUCGACUCUAUCUGAGCUGAAAACAGAUGCGAUCACCAAUCCGGCUCAGCCUGCAACAGCGACGCUGCACGGAAACGGAUCGCUUGUGGUCUUUGACUUUGGCAAGGAAGUGGGCGGCAUUGUCCAUCUCGACUACGCCUCCACGGGCAGUGGAGCACUGGGCCUCGCGUUUACCGAAGGAAAGAAUUGGAUUGGAGAGUGGUCAGACUCGUCCAACAGUCUGUGGCACGAUGGUGCCAUAUACGCGAAUUUCUCCUCAGCGGGGGAGCACUCCUAUGAUAUGCCAGAUCGAUAUCUUCGCGGCGGAUUCCGAUAUUUAACGAUCUUUCUGGUCACGGAGAACUCUACCAACGUCGAGUUGAAGGAUCUGAGUGUUGAGCUGGACUUUCAGCCAACGUGGUCAAAUCUUCGUGCCUACCAAGGAUACUUCCAUUGCAGCGAUGAGCUACUGAACCGCAUCUGGUACAGUGGGGCUUAUACACUGCAAACCAACGAGGUCCCUGUCGAUACUGGGCGCAUUACCAGUGGACUCAAAGCCGGAUGGCUUAACAACGGUACUCUUGGGCCUGGGGACACCAUCAUUGUUGACGGCGCCAAGCGAGACCGUGCUGUCUGGCCUGGUGACAUGGGCAUCGCAGUACCUUCAGCCUUUGUAAGCCUCGGAGACUUAGAUAGCGUGAAGAACGCGUUGCAGAUUAUGUAUAACACACAGGACACGUCCACUGGUGCUUUUGACGAAUCAGGGCCACCACUCAGCCAGAAGGGCUCGGACACUUACCACAUGUGGUCGAUGAUUGGCACUUACAACUAUGUUCUGUACACGAAUGACACCAGCUUCUUGCAGCAAAACUGGGAGGGCUAUCUCGCCGCUAUGAAUUACAUCUACGGCAAGGUGACAUAUCCCAGUGGCCUGUUGAAUGUCACUGGUACCCGCGACUGGGCCCGGUGGCAGCAAGGGUAUAAUAAUACAGAGGCUCAAAUGAUCCUCUAUCACACCCUGCGGACGGGAGUGGCUCUUGCCACAUGGGUUGGCGACACCACCAACCUCUCCGGCACCUGGACCUCCAGAGCCAAUGACCUGAAGACGGCCAUUAACGCCUACUGCUGGGAUGAUUCGUACGGCGCUUUCAAGGACAAUGCCACCGAUACCACACUCCAUCCCCAGGAUGCCAACAGCAUGGCAAUCCUCUUCGGGGUCGUAGACUCAGAACGCGCAGCCAGCAUUUCGGACAAACUCCUCCAUAAUUGGACUCCAAUUGGGGCUGCUGCGCCGGAGCUUCCCGAAAACAUUGCCUCUUUUAUCUCAUCCUUCGAGAUUCAAAGCCAUUUUGUCGUCCAAAAGCCUUCUCGCGCACUAGACCUCAUCCGCCGCAGCUGGGGCUGGUACAUCAACAACCCCAAUGGUACAGAGAGCACUGUGAUCGAAGGGUAUCUUGUCAAUGGAACUUUCGGCUAUAGGAGCAGCCGAGGGUACAACUACGACACAUCGUAUGUUUCCCACGCGCACGGCUGGUCCUCUGGGCCAACUUCCGCGUUGACCAACUAUAUCGUCGGCCUUUCUGUGACCUCCCCGCUGGGGCGCACGUGGGGUAUUGCGCCUCAGUUUGCGGAUUUGGAUCAUGCUGAGGCGGGCUUUGUUACCUCGCUUGGCAAGUUCCAGGCUUCUUGGACGAAGAAGAAGCAUGAGUACACGCUGAAUUUCUCCGUUCCAGAUGGAACUAUUGGGAACCUCACGCUGCCAUAUAUCACGUCCAAGAAACCAUCAAUCACGAUCAACGGGGACCAGGUGAACAGGGGUCUGACAUAUGCUGAUGAUACGGCCACUUUCGGUGUCGUGGGCGGAGGAUCUUUCAAGGUGGUUGUUCGUUGA